AGGGGCUAUCCGUUCGAGGCGCACUAUGUCACCACCGAUGAUGGAUAUAUCAUCGCCCUCCAUCGAAUCCCUCGACCAUCCAGAGAAUCGCGCCAGAGCGACAUGCUGGGCUCUGUCGACGUUCUCGAUGGCGAGCCGCGCCCAGGGCCGGAACUCCAUGGGGACGAAGGCGCCGAUCGUCGCCCAGUUGUGCUCUUCUGGCACGGGCUACUGAUGUGCUCAGAGGUUUGGGUAUGUUUGCCGGAUCGGUCGCUGAGCCUGCCGAUGGUGCUUGCCGACGCCGGCUUCGACGUCUGGCUGGGCAACUCGAGAGGCAACAAGUACUCGUGCAAGCACACAACCCUCAAGUUCACCGAGAGCCGAUUCUGGGACUUUUCUAUCGAUCACCUGGUUUGCUACGAUGUGCCCAACUCAGUCAAGUACAUAUUAUCUCAAACAGGCGCAGCGUCGCUGGCCUAUAUCGGCUUUUCCCAAGGCUCGGCCCAAGGGCUCGCGGCACUCGCCAUGUCGCCUCAGCUCAACCAGUGCAUCCACCUCUUUAUUGGACUGGCCCCGGUCACCAAGCCCCCGGCACUCACCAAUCGGUCGCUAUUCUCCUUCAUCAACACCUCGCCCGAGAUUAUCUAUCUGCUCUUUGGGCGAAAGUCGCUGAUUCCUUCAUGUGUCUUCUGGCAGUCGGUGAUGACGUCAAGGUACUACGCCUCGUUUAUCGACCAAUGUGUCUGGUUCCUGUUUGGAUGGAAAUCGGCCUUCAUCAACCACAAAGAAGUCGCCUACCAGCACCUUUACUCCUACACCUCCGUCAAGUGCGUUGUCCACUGGUUCCAGAUCAUGCGCACGGGCCGUUUCCAGAUGUACGACGAAAGUCCCGAGGUCUUUGUCCGCCAGGGAAGGACAAGUGCUCCUAUUUCAGUACUCCGUGGCCAUAUUGUCCCAAAGUUCCCGACAGAAAAUAUUAGAACACCGAUCGCGCUAUUCUACGGCGGCCAGGACACGCUCGCCGACAUGAAAUAUGUUCUCAAGGAGGCACCGACCACUGUGUUCUGCCUCCGGGUCGAAGAAUAUGAACAUGUACAUUUCCUAUGGGGUGUUGGCAUCGAGAAAGCUGUCUUUCCGGCAAUCUUGGGUCUCCUGAAUGAUUACGGGAGCUCGAUAGAAACACCAAGCCAGAUGACAGACACUGACGAGAUUCCCGAUCGAGUGGCUCAAUCAUCCGGGACACUGCGGACCGUGUCAUGGAUUUCGCCGCAGCAGAUCUAUGAAGCCGUCAGGAGAGGUCGCGGCGAGCGAAGACCAACAUUACACCAGAGCUGGACUACCCUCAGGAACGAAGGCGGUGUCUCGGAAUCAGGGAGCAACGUUCUAGUAUCCAAUGGCGUUCGAUUUAACGGCAACAUUAGUAUUCGUGAAGAAAUUGCCCAAUCGUAAAAGUCCUAUUGUUUUGAGCCAGGAACAGAUUUUUUCUUUCUGGCCCUGGAUACACGCCCAUCCAUCGCUCUGUAU